CCUCUUUGCCAAAAUUUUGCGAUUUCACACAGGUCUUUUCGAUACUUUAAAACAUGAUUCACCGUUAUAUCAAAUCUGUAUCACCAUUGAGCAAACAAUUCAUUGCUCUCUUCUUACCACGGCAUUGCAUCAUUGGCAAAUAUUUACAUAGGAAAAAUUGUAAUUCCUCAAACCCGGGCGAUUAUUGCGAUGGAAAAGAGGUUAAGUGGCCAACCGGAAACCGAAUUACUUUCAACUUCCAUCCCGAAACCGAGGCAUCUUUUAAUCAACAAAUCAACUUAGAAUUCAAAGCUUUUUAUUACUAUUUGUCAAUGGCCAGUUAUUUCGGUCGCGUUGACGUUGCUUUACCAGGCUGCGAAUCUUUCUUCACUCAAAUGCACGAAGAGGAGCACGAACAUGCUCUACAGUGUCUGAACUAUAUUAAAAUGCGAGGAGGGAAGGUUGAUCUGUGUUCGAUUGAAAGUCCCAACGAUCAAGAUUGGAAAUGUCCCAUAAACGCUUUCAAAACAGCUCUCCAGUUGGAGAUCGACAUUACAGAACAGCUGGUGAAUUUGAACACUGUAGCAACGAAUCAUGGUGAUCUGAAUGCGAAUGAUUUCAUCGUGACAAAUUUUAUGGAAAGUCAAAUGAAGAGUAUCAAUGAAAUUGCAAAAUUUGUAACCGUGUUAUCGGGAAUAGGGGAUCAAUCGUUGGCUCGAUUUUUGUUCGACAAAGACCUCCUUGAAAAUCAUGUUCUACCGGAAUUCAACGUUCUCAAAAACAAAAGAUCCGUGCAUUCGACAAAAAAAUAAUGAACAAGGAGUAUAAUAAUAACGAGACAAUUAUAUCAAGUAGUCGUGUUCAUUUUGUAAUCCUUUAACUGUAUCAUUUUAAUAAAAAUUAAAAAUAAAACAACCACAAA